GGCUGAAAAGGCCAAUCUGGCAUCUGCUUUCAAACUUCAGUGCAUUCAUUGUUCGAAUUCGAUGUUCAACGACGGAAUUGCGACACAAUCAGCAAUUUAAGUGGAACAAUACUUAGAACUUCGAGAUUCCAAUUUGAACGUCGCCAUGCUCUCUACCGGGUUUUCAGAUGCGCCAGUAACGCGCAGCCUUGUCUAUGGGGUUAUCGUAACCUCGCUCCUCGCCAGUAUCACAGAUUCAAAGCAUUUUUUCUAUAUACAAGCAGAUCCUCAUCUGCUACGAUAUCAUCAAUUAUGGCGGAUGCUCAGUUAUCAAUUAUGCUAUACUAAUUCGACAGAAGUGUUUUUUGGCGCGAUAACAUACUAUAAUAUGAGAGUGGUGGAAAGAUUAUGGGGAUCUCGUAGAUUUGCCUCUUUCCUGAUAUUAUCUUUCUGCUUCACAUCGAUAAUAUCGCCAGUCUUACUGAUCCUUCUGCGACCUCUUUCCCUCUACGUGAUAAAUUAUCUGCCCGCAGGACCAACGGCUCUUAUAUUUGCUAUCCUAGCCCAAUAUCAUGCCGUUAUUCCGCAUCAAUACAAAUACAAAGUUGCAGCUACAUCUGCACCUAUGACCGAGGAGAAUUUCGUGGGCGUUACAUUCUCGGAUAAAUCAUACAUAUAUCUUCCCGCUAUUCAACUGGGUCUUUCGCAAUUCCCAGGCUCGCUGAUAUCUGCUAUGGUCGGCUGGAUUAUUGGUUAUUGCUGGCGAAACGAUGUGCUACCUACAGCUCUUACGCGAUGGAGAUUACCGGGUUGGAUGGUAGGCGUUCAGGCCAAAAAGAGAAGUGAAGGGUUUGAAGGAAUGAGGAGGAGAUUAGAAGGAGAAAAUACAGCGGCUGCUACCGGAUCGGAUGGUCAGUCGGGCGGAGAAGUCGGAAGAAGAAGAACUCUGGCGAAUCAAUUUAUUGAUCAAUUUAGAGGAGCGCCAUAAUGCUUCGCUUAAUUAAUAAUAUCAACGAAUUUACAAUACAUCUAUUCCUGCUCUAAGGAUAUCAGUUGUUGUGCGAAGCAGUGACUCCGGUGUUCCAGUUGCACCUGAUACUUGGACAGACGAUCAGUGCUGGAGAACCAUAGCUACAUUGUCAGGGGUGGGCAUCAUCAACUUGGGAGUCAAUGGUGUACUAUUUCAGGCACCAAGUAGUAAAGUCACAAAUGAUAUUAUUCCCAAGACGUUAUCCACAUCUUCUAAUGAAGAAUACAUUAAGACUUUUGAACUUGGGACUCUUGCCACGAGUUCAUCAACGGACGUAACAUCUGCAUGUCGAAUUGGAUCGAAUUUGUUUCUUCAAUCUGAUAAUUCGGGACGAAAAUUUGAGGUGUCGAGACCGCUGGGCCAACUUUUUCUCGGAUGAGUUGGGGUUUCGAUUCUUAGAUGAAAUUGCACGUGAAAAUAAUCUUGAUAUGCAAAAGGAAGAAUAGAACUCUGUAUAUGUUUGCGGAGAUGUACAGGGACAUAGAAUGAAUUGGUGUCAAAUUUUUCUCGCUAUUGUCAAAACAAUUAGAAUCAACGACGAUUGACGCUUUUUCUCCUUUCAACUCAAGUCCAAACCCUUCGUUAAUAGGGUGGAUAAUAUAGUGA